AGAGGCCGAGUCCCGCCUUCUGAGAUUGGCGGGUAACCUAGCAACGUAGGCACCUAGGUGGUAACCAAGCAUAGAAAAACUUGAAGCCCUCCUAGCGGGGUUGCCAGAGGCAAUAAAAGCAGGAGGCCCAGAGAGUCUACCAAAGUCUCGGUCUCUCAGGGCGUACAAAGGCGAAGAAGGCCGCUCCUAAAAUGGCUUUGGAUGUCCUCGCCGUGGCCCCUCUCUACCAAGGCCCUGACAUCAACAAAAUAAGGCUGAUAGCACAGACAACCAAAAAGUCCACCACCCCACCAAGACCCCUGGCCCCCGCUAAGACCAAACUCACCACCGUCGAGACCAAGAGGAUCAUGUCCGUCCUGGACGAGACCAUUCACAAGGUGGAGCUGGUGACCCUGCUGUCUUAUGUGGCGUCCAGUUCCAAGAAUUCGGAGGGGAUGCUGGGGGAGGACAUCAUGAAAGCAGUGAGAGAGCACGAGGACCUUUGCCAGAUCCUCCUGGAUCGCGUCAGUUACCUGCAGGAGGAAGAAAGGCAGUUGCAGGAGGAAGAAGAGUCCGAGGAUGAACCGUGGUUCCGAGACCGCGUCCUCGCCAUAGAGGUGCAGAAAUCCCACCUCCAACCACUUAUGCAGCAGAUCAAAGAAUCCACCAAGAACAUCGUGAGACUGCUGCUCAGGAACCCCCAGGCUGCCAGUCUGUUGCAGGCGCAGACCCUGGACAGAAGUGCAGAAGCCCAGAGUUUUAUUGAUAGCCUGGUAGAACUCCGAGGAUUCCUGUUUGAGAAGCUGCUCACUAGUCCCAUGGAAGCCAGAGACAGGACUCAGUUCAUCCACGACAUCACCCGCCGGAAUCAGAGGAACCAAGAAAUCAUUGACACUCUGGAAAAUGAAUUGGCAGCCUGCGUGAGGAACAGGGAUGCAGAGGUGGAGAAGGAGAACUUUGUGAUCCAAGAACUGAAAAACCACCUGCACCAGGUGCUCAAGUUCUCAGAGAACAGCCUCCUUCGCACCAAGCAGGAGGCCAAGAAGCAGCAGAAGGUGGACUUCCGGGCCUCGCAGGCCAGGGUGGCCAAGAUCCAGCAGGACAUCCUGCUGCUGCAGUCGCAGUUCAACAACCUGGUUAUGGAGAACCGGGAGCAGGAGCAGGCGCUGCGGAAGAAAAAAUAUAAAGUGGAAACGGAAAUUGAGAACUGGAUCCAGAAAUACGACUUGGAGAUGAGUGAAAAGCAGGACGAGUACGAGGAGUUAGAGGUCAUCCACAAAGAGGAGAUGCUUCAGCUGGAGGAGCUGAAGAAACGGCAUGAUGUGCUGGUGGAAGAGUUCUCCCAGAUCCAGGCCGAGCGGGAGGUCAGUGCCAAGAAGAGGCUGGAGGACGAGCAGGAGAUAGUGCGCAUGGUGAGGGCCGCCACGCUCAUCCAGGCCCUGUGGAAGGGCUUCCUGGUCCGCUCCAUGCUCAGGUCCAAGAAGAAGAAGCGGAGCAAGAGCAAAGAGAAGGGCAAGGAGAAGGAGAAGGGCAAGGGCAAAGGCAAGGGCAAGGGCAAGAAAUGA